CCCGCGCCGCCGCCAUCCUGGAGCUGCUCGGUUCGGGUUCGCUCCGCCCGGGCACGGCCGCGCUGCUGCGGGGGGCGGCGGGGCGGCUCCGCCGAUGGAUCCGAGCCGGCACCGAACCGGAACCGGAACCGGCACCGAACCGGAACCGCAACACCAACGGGCCCGCGGAUCUGCGCCUCAUGAAGUGCCGGGACCGGGACGCGCUCGAGGCGGUUCUGCAGCGCUGGGAGCGAUCGGUGCCGGUACCGGAGGCGAUCCCGGGGGCGGUGCCGGUGCCGGUACCGGCGGUGGCGGAACCGGGGCCCCCGGGCUGGGACCGGCGGCUGCGGCGGCGCCUCGGGGCCCGGUACGAGGCGAGGGCGGCGGUGGCGGACUGGGAGCUGCGGAUGGCGCUGCACCCGCGCGGGGCCACGUCGGUGUCCCCGGCCGAGUUCGGGCGCUGGCGGGAGAGCGGCGACGCCUUCGGGGGAGGCGGAGCGACCCCGAACCCCACGGUGCUGAGCGACCCGCGGCCCCGGGCUGACGGGCGCUCGGUGUCCCCCCCCUCCUACUGGGGGGACACGGUCACCGGACCCUUCCUCAGCUUCGGCCUCGGCCCCGCCGCGCCCCGGAGCCCCCCCCAG